UCCUCUCUAUCUCUUCAGUUGUUGUUCGACGCGCGGCGCGAUUCCUCCUCCUAAUCCUUUCGUUCGAAUUUCGCUAACGAGCGAGAUAAGCUCCGUUUGCGCGUUUAUCGAUCAAAUUUUAUCUGAAACUUGAUUUCGAGAAAUUCGAAUCCGUUUUUUUUUUCCCAAAUCUCAUAGAAGCAUGCACUAUGAUUUUUAGAUAAUAAUUUCUGAUUUGCAGUUGAAUUGAAUAUUUGAUAUACCGUUUUUGUGUAAACCUCGUUUGAUUUUCUUCGAUGUGAUAAUAAUUAUUCGUGGAAUUGAUUUUUAAUUUGCGAAUUUUGUGCCGAAAUUGUGUGAAAUUUUGCGAUGAAGUAUAUACAUUUUAUUCGAGUAUGUUUAAAAUGUUCGAAUGCCUGAUGUGUGAAAAUUUAAUAUGGUUAACCUGUUAAAGAUGGUGGAAUGAAUAUCGCGAAAUUGCAAAAUUUAUCGGUGAAUAAAAUUAUAACAUGUGGAAUCGUAAAGUAUUCAUCAGGAUCGUCGAAGUGAUACUUUGUAUUGCUUGUGUGGUGGCAUUAAGGGUGACCGAUGACGAGAGUCGAAGGGUUUUCCAUUAUUUGAGAAGUCGCAGCAGAGAAUGGUCUCUUUUGAACAACGUCACGUGGGGUGCAAUAGGCGCCGCUCUUGCAACCGCGACUUGUGGUGGUUACAUAAUAAUCACAACAGGUCUCCUUAUUGCCGCUGCAACAGGAGAGCUUAAUGGUCGAAAGACGGAAAUAUUCUUCCUUGGACUUGGAGUGAUUCUUUUCGGUAUUGUUGGCGCAUUGUCCAUGGCGUCCAUUGAAAACGUCCCUGAGGAUUUGAUCGACAAUGCCGCCGUUUUUGGGGCACUGUGCCUGCUAACAGCGUUGGUUUUCAUCGGCGACCUGUUAAUGAGCACACCUAAAAUGAAGAACAAGCAAAGCAUGGCGGAAUUCUUGACCGAUAAAAAAGGCAAGGAACAACAAAUAACGACUACUCUUACCACGGAAAAAGAAUCAAAAUCUCCGAAAAUAAGCGGUUCAAAAGUCUCCAAAAAAGACGAUAAGGGAAAUAUAAACGACGGUUUCGAUAAAGUGGAUGAACAACGCCAAAAGAGUUCAGCCAAGAAGGAGGAACGAAGAUAUUCGAAAGAAGAAGCGUAUGGGCACGAUGAAAUCGAUAAUUUCGAUCGAGAAGACGGAGAGCCGAAAGAGUACACGCAGAAUUUCGAGAAUGGAAGAGCUCUCAGGGAUUCGCAAAUGUAUCGAGAUCCUGAGAUGCAAAAGGUUGGGAACAGAGACUCUUAUAAAAUGGCUCACAGAAUGGAAAUGCCUACCAUGAUGUAUAAGAUGCAGGAUAUUUAUCAACGUCCAGUGGAUGAAAUCGACACGCCUCGUUUUCCGAUCGAGACGAAUCGCAAAAAUGAGACUAUGUUCGCCAAACUCGUGAACCCUAGCGUGAAGAUUAUGAAAGUUGAACGUGAUGUGGACGAAGCUAUCGAAAGUUACAGAUAUUCCGACACUAGUCAGUACGACAACGUGCCAGUCAGAAUGAGAGGAACAUCGUUGAGAAGUCAGAAGAAAAGUCGUGACGUUUCUUUCAACGUUCCACCACCGCCAAAGGGUUAUGAGCAGGAGCUUGACCAAGAAAAAGAUGAAAUCGAGAUGCUGGAAGAAUGUUUUACCUCGCUUCGAACAACGAGCACAGGGACACAGACGCCCAAUCUUCGAACACCUUCGUCACCCACUGAUCCAGGAUACGUUCGACACACUGCCAGCAAUUGGCCCCAAGAGAAUAAAACUAAGACCCCUGGUUCGAGUCCAAAUCGCACAAGGAAUUGAUAUUAUUAUGCACAAAAAGUAAUUAAAAUUUUGCAUCAUGAUUUCUUAUGUCUGAGAUAGAGUUUCCAAUUUUUUGAGAAAGAAAUUUCAAGGAGCUUUGUUAAAAGGAUUAUAAUUAUAGAUAGAUUAGAAAGGUCUGUGAGGUGUUAUGAAAAUGACAUAACAUUUUUUCACUUUUCCAUUUUUUUCUAUUUAAAUAUUAGUCUAUUGUUUCUCUAUGUCUGAGACACAGUUUCCAAUUUGAGAAAAAGAUUUCAAGGAGUUUUGUUAAAAGGAUUAUAGUUAUAGAUAGAUUAGAAAGGUCUGUGAGGUGUUAUGAAAAUGACAUAACAUUUUUUCACUUUUCCAUUUUUUUCUAUUUAAAUAUUAGUCUAUUGUUUCUCUAUGUUUUUAAUAAAAUGUUGUAAUAAUUUUUAGUAUCAGAAAUUUGAUUGCAUUUAUCAUACAGUUUGUAUAUUUUUACUCACUUUUCAAUUACAAUCGGUAUAUCGUGUUUGAUAUUAUUAAAUAAGAAUAUUUUUAUGAAUUGGAAAGCAAAAAUUGUUUAUUGUAUAUCUUUUUUUCUUCUCAUUUUAUUAAUUCGAUUUAUUAAAUUAUUUUAUAUAUACAUGUGUAUGUAUAUAUUUAUUAUUUACAAACUGUAUUAAUUAAUUUAAAAGGGUGACAAAGGAAUCUUCAUAGACACGUGGUUAUUUUUGUAUAAGUAGAAUCUUUUAAUAUAUAAAGUUUUAAUACCUCCUUUCACAUCGAUACGCAUUACGUACAAUUAUUAAUAAUAAUGUCUCCUUGUGAUAAACAUGUAACCGCAAUUUGUUAGUCUCCAUCAGAACUUAUUCGUUAAAGAUAUUAGCGUUUAAUUGGAUUUACAUUUAAUCAUUUCUUUCUACGUGUGUGUACCGUAUCGUUUCUUUUUCUUACAUAUUUUUAUAUAUAAAUAAAUCGAUUUUAUCCAAUAUCAAGUUAUUUAUAUGUUAGUUGUUUUUCUUAUAUUAUUUAAUUUACGUGAUCGAUAAUUUCUUCGAUUAUUAAAUAAACGAGAAGAAAUUUGGAAUUGAAAGAAAAAGAAAUCAAUCGGAAAACGCAGAGAGUUUCGACAUGUUCUGUCAUCGAAUUUUAUUUAAAAAAAAGCCACAGAGCUAUUUCUCAUUCUACAAAACAGUCGUCCUCUCUUUUAGCUUUUUCACGUAAUCCUCUCAUUCUCUAAACGUUUCUAAACGCGUAUUUACAGAGUUGAGAAUUAUUGCUUAGAUACUUGAGCAUUCGUUCCUCUUCUUCCAUGUAUUAAACAUUACGUAUAAAAUUGUUUAAACUUAAUGAAGAGGAUUAUCAGACAUUCUCAUUCUUAAGACUGGUGUAACUAGAUUAUCUUUUAUUAUUUUAUGAAACGAUAAAUUGAAGAUUGGAAUAUUAUUAAAUUGAUAUAUGUAUAGUUUAAUUACGUUUAAUUCCAUGUAAAAUUCUUGAUCUACUUCCCUUUCGCAUCGAGGUAUAAGCUUGUGACUUAAUUCUUUAAAUUUGUUACAUUUUGGUGUACUUGUCUUCUAUGGAAAAGUAUUUCUUAAAACGAGGGAAAAGAUACGCAAAAUAUCUUGUCACAAUUUAAUUAGAUAGUUAGAAUGAUUCUAUCUAUAAUAGUAUUAUCAGAUGAAUUAUAAUUCCCUUGAAUUCUUCUCACCUCUAACUAAACAUAUUUACAAGUCAAAAAACUCUCAAACUUUUCUUCAUUAGUUUGAAUUUUCUCUUAAGAAAUCUUUAUCAGAUCUUUUAUGUCAUGAAUAAAUAAAUAACGAAAAGAUAAAUGUAAUUUUAUUGAUAAUUCUUUUAAAUUUUCGAAUAUUAUUCUUUCUCCUUCUACAAUGUUAUUUUCAAAAAUGCUUAUGAA